AUGGAGCCAGAGCUAAUUAAAGAGAUUUUGAGUAAGAAUGAUGUUUUUAAAAAGGUAAAACCAAACUCACUUGCCAGGCUUCUCAUUGGAGGCAUUGCUGUCUAUGAGGAUGAGCAAUGGGCCAAGCAUAGAAAGAUUCUCAACCCUGCUUUCCAUAUGGAGAAGUUAAAGCCUUAUCUUGACAAUCUGACAGGUGAUGUGAUUCCUCGAACAGCAUUUGGGAGUAGCUAUGAAGAAGGUAGAACUUUAUUCGAACUUCAAAAAGAACAAGCUGAGCUUACUCGCCAAAUUGUGCAAUCAGUUUACAUUCCAGGAUGGAGGUAA